GGCUUCCAACUCACUAGCCCCCUAGAGGCUAUAAAAAUUUGAUUCCAUGAAAUUCUCAAGUGGGUUUUGACAAUUAUUGUUGGAUAAGAAUCACAAGUCCAUACUUAUCAGCUCACCUGAGCUAUGCCUAUACCUUAUUACCUCGUCACUUUUUCACAUUUCAGUUAUACGGAGGCUUGGCAAAGCAUUGACAUGAACAAGAGCGGCGCUUACAAGCUCUGAAGCAAGCAGGAAUGUCCAUGUUUGCGAGUUUAAAUCUGCAGAGACGUGCUUGAAUUGUUUCCGUUUCAUUGAAUCCAUUCCUGCAGCUGUAUUGGCGGCUGAUUGGACCAUGUGUUUAUGCUUUGCAUCAUCUGUUCACCUGCCCCCUAAAUUAAAUUUGAAGUUUCAGAGCAAACGAGUGAAGAGAAGAGCACACGCUUUAGAAUAUUUCAGACCCAGGUAAUGUAAUCGCUCAAUCUUCAAAAUCAAGCGACUCCCAGGAUUCAAUUGGUCGUCUCUGAUCAGUAAAAUCCAGUUGCAGAGAUGGAGGUGGGGGGUUUUGGGGAAAAGAUGAAGGGUUUGUUCAACAACAGGUGGCUCGUGCUGGUGGCGUCCAUGUGGGUUCAGUCCUGUGCUGGGGUUGGGUAUUUGUUUGGGAGCAUAUCGCCUUAUAUAAAGAGUUCAAUGGGGUAUAACCAGAGGCAAGUGGCUAUGUUGGGCGUGGCGAAGGACCUUGGGGCUAGUGUUGGGUUCACAGCCGGAAGCUUGUGUGAGGUUUUGCCCAUUUGGGGGGUUAUGCUCGUCGGUGUGGUGCAUAACGUUGUUGGGUAUGGUCUUGUUUGGCUCAUUGUCACGGGAGUAUUGCCUGCUUUGCCUUUGUGGGCGCUGUGCAUUAUUAUAUUUGUGGGAGCAAAUGGUGAGACCUACUUCAACACUGGAGCUCUGGUGUCCUGCGUGCAGAACUUCCCAAAAAGCCGAGGUCCUGUUGUUGGUAUACUGAAGGGCUUUGCUGGGUUGAGUGGUGCAAUUUUGACUCAGAUUUAUGUGACGAUCAAUGCCACUGACAAAGCAGUGCUGAUUUUCAUGUUUGCGGUUGGCCCAUCAAUGGUAAUUAUUUCUCUAAUGUUCAUUGUUAGACCUGUGGGAGGUCACCAACAAGUUAGGCCUUAUGAAGAUUCAAACUUUUUAUUUAUUUAUACCAUUUGCCUUAUUCUAGCAGCCUACUUGCUGGGGGUUUUGUUGCUUGAGGAUCUCAUUGAUUUAAACCAAAACCUUGUCACAUUGUUCACAGUUCUAUUAAUCAUUAUCAUUUUGCUUCCAAUUAUCAUUCCCAUUCUAUUGGUUUUCUUCUUGGAACCAAAACCUCUGGUUGAGGAGAGCCUUCUUCUUAGGCCUCAGAAACAAGAAUCAGGUACAUCUGGGAAGGAUGCAAAUGAGGUCAUUCCUAGUGAAGUUGAGGAUGAGAAACCCACAGACGUAGACUCACUUCCUGCAUCAGAAAGGAAAAAACGAAUUGCUCAGCUGCAAACUAAACUUUUUCAAGCAGCUGCAGAAGGAGCGGUAAGAGUCAAGCGGAGAAAAGGACCUCACAGAGGGGAAGAUUUCACCCUAAUGCAGGCAUUAAUAAAGGCAGAUUUUUGGCUUAUAUUUCUCUCCCUUGUGCUGGCUUCUGGGUCAGGUUUGACGGUUAUUGAUAACCUGGGUCAAAUAUGUCAAUCCCUGGGGUAUGCCAACCCAAAUAUAUAUGUAUCCAUGAUCAGCAUUUGGAAUUUUCUUGGUCGUGUUGGCGGCGGCUACUUCUCCGAGAUCAUCAUAAGAAAUUAUAGCUAUCCUAGACCAGUGGCAAUGGCUGUGGUUCAGGUCAUAAUGGCAAUUGGAUUCUUCUACUAUGCUAUGGGCUGGCCAGGGCAAAUUUAUGUUGUGACCGUUUUGACUGGACUCGGUUAUGGAGCUCAUUGGGCAAUUGUUCCAGCAGCAGUUUCUGAGCUCUUUGGCUUGAAAAGUUUUGGCGCCCUCUAUAACUUCCUUGCACUGGCAUGUCCUGUUGGUUCUCUAAUAUUCUCUGGCGUCAUUGCUAGUGGCAUAUAUGAUUAUUAUGCGGCAAAACAAGCUGGCCUCCUUCAACCAAAUUUGACUACUCUUGUGGGGGAUGAAUCUCUUUCUUGUGAUGGUUCCAUAUGCUACUCCCUCACUUGCUGGAUCCUCUCAGGACUCUGCAUUAUUGCAGUUGUAAUGAGUUCAAUUGUUGUUUUUAGGACGAAGAGUGUCUAUGCACAGCUCUAUGGAAAGUCUCGCACUUGAGUUGCAUGGGGAACAAUCACAAAAAGGUUGUUUCAGUUGUAGUUUGCUCAAAAACCCGCUUACCAUUCAGAAGAUGGCUUCACAGCUUCCAUUGCCAUCAACAAAGGGCAGUAUUUAUAUUGGUAUAUGUAAACUUUGGAGCUCAUGGAUAGUCCAAUUAUGGUUGGAUUUGUCUGAUCUCUUGUUUUCAGUUGCAGUUUGCCUAAAAAUUCCCUUACCAUUCAGGAGAUGGCUUCUGGGCUUCCAUUACCAUCAACAAAGGGCAGUAUCUAUAUUUGUAUCUGUAAACUUUGGAGCUGAUGGAUACUCAAAUCAUGGUUGGAUUUGUCUAAUCUCGUGUUUUGGACCGUCUCUUCUUCUUUUGGGAUACGCCUCUUCUCAAACCCAUUAGUCCUUUUUUCUUCCCUAUGGGUUACUUGCACGCACAAAUUUUUCUUUAAUCAUUGUCUGCAACUCAGCUAUUUACAAAUAUAAACAAAAAGUGAAUAUUUUUUAAAA